AUGGCAAUAACAAUUCCUAGCCUCUAUACAGACCGCGUCCUCUCGCGCCUCCCACCAGGCCCGCGCUACCUCCUCAGCAAACCCACCCUCCCCAUCCUCGCCUUCCUCAUCUACGCAACCAACGCUCUCUCAAACUCGCUGUCAAAUUCAAUAUACCAAUCUCACCACGCUCUACCCACUGGCAGCCCAGCCUCAGCCUCGCUAUGGAUCAAGUUCCCCCUCUUCUGCAUCCUAACCUCAACCCUGAUCGCGGUCCACCGCUAUACACGAUUCUGGCGAGAGGCGAGGAGGGCGAGGGCGGUGGGUGCGGAGGUUGUGCCCGCUGUUGGGGAGGCGUGGCCUAGUGUGCUUGGAGUAGGCGUUAUGAAGGAGGUUAUGAGGAGUUUUAGGGAUGGUUAUCCGGCGGGAUUCCACUUCUCCAAGCCUGGGACGGAAUCCCGCUUCGAGAUUGGGAGAGGAGUUUUUAGUGUUGAGGAGGUCGCUAAUGGAUUCUGUGUAGCGGAGGUCUUCCUCGAUUGGAUGAAGGAGUAUGGGAAUACGUUUCAGCUCCGUGCGCCUACUGAUAGUAGGAUUAUCACCUUCGAACCUGAUCAUAUCAAGGUUAGCCUCCAAGCCUCCACUCCUUCUCUUUCUCUCGAGAACUUCAAGCUCCAUUCGGCGGUCAACUGA